AUGGAUCGAAAAAAUCCUCCAGAUACGAAAAAUGGAAAUUUAAGGACCAAUCGUAAGUACAGAAAUUAGGAUCGUUGCCCCUUGUCAUAGUAGCUGAAUCUAAACUUCCCAAAGGUAACAAGAGAGCAAGAACAGACGAGCCAGCGCAAGCUGAGCUUGAUGGAGCAAUGGCAGUCAUAGAACAUAACCUACAAGCGAAAUCAAAGAUGGAAUCAGAGAUCGAGAAUUUCAAAGUACGAAUCGAACAAUUGAGUUCAGAGUCUAGCGCGGCCACGUCAAGAUACCAGCGACUCUCUGAUGAGAAUGCGAAUCUGCAGAGGAUUAACCAGAAACAGGCCAGCAGAAUUGAGAGACAGCAAGCUGAGCUGUCAAGAAUCAGAAAGGAGAGGUCUGAGGAGUCAGAGACACUUUCUGCUGCCUUGGCUAGUUUGAACGACAAUGUGAUAGUGGUGGAAGAAAAGGUUAUGCAACUUGCAUCAAUACUCAAGACUGCAUGUGAAAGAAGAAUAAAGGAGCUCAGAGCACAAAUAGCGGAGGGGCAGAAGCGUGAAGCAAAAUUAAGGGAUUUUGAACAGUUUUGGGCCAAUCUCAAGAAGGUUAUGGCUGAGGCAUAG